UAAAAGGAAAAAAUAAAGGGGAAUUAAAAAAUUUCCACUUGGGACUGGGACUGCGAAUUUAAACAAGCCUCUCACUCGUAAGCCUUUUCCUUUGCUUAGGGUUUUUCUAUCGUCGUCUUUCUCCGCUGGCCAUUGAUAUUUGGAAAAAUGGGUGAGAGUGGGAAGCGAUCUCGUCCACAAAGAGAUCAUGAUGGGGAUGGUAAGACUCAGAAGAGAAGGGUUAAUGACAAGGAUGAAAGGGCUAACGAUGAACUGGUUGUUUACAGAAUCUUGUGUCCAGAUGAGGUUAUAGGAAGUGUUAUUGGAAAAAAUGGGAAGGUCAUAAACUCAAUUAGGCAAGAGACAAGGGCAAAGGUUAAGGUGGUGGAUCCAUUUCCUGGUGCCAAGGAUAGGGUCAUUACAAUCUAUUGCUAUGUCAAGAAAAAGGAGGAUGUUGAGGUUGAUGACGAGUUCAAUGACCAUGAGCCAUUAUGUGCUGCUCAGGAUGCUCUUAUUAGAGUUCAUGCGUCAAUUUCAAAUGCAGUUGCAUCUGUUGUUGAUUCUGACAAGAAAUGGAAGGAUAAGGUGGAAUGCCAUAUUCUUGUCCCUUCUAGCCAGUCUGCAAAUAUCAUUGGUAAGGCUGGAAUGACCAUAAAGAAAUUGAGAAGUAAGACAAGGACAAAUAUCAAAGUUACUGCUAAGGAUGCCUCAGACCCAACUCACUCGUGUGCUAUGGACUUUGAUAACUUUAUUCUGAUAAGUGGUGAAUCAGAAGCUGUCAAGAAAGCAUUAUUUGCUGUUUCUGCAAUUAUGUAUAAAUUCAAUCCUAAGGAAGAAAUUCCUCUUGAGACAACUGUACCUGAAGCUCCUCCAAGCAUUAUCAUACCAUCAGAUGUCUCUAUUUAUCCACCAGGUGGACUAUAUCCAAAUGCAGAUCCAAUUGUGCCUUCUAGAUCUGUCCCACCGAUACUAGGCUCCGCACAUGUGCCAGAACUUCAGGGUUAUGGGGAUACAGGGAGUUCGUGGCCUGUAUAUUCAUCCACCCUCCCUGUAGUUCCUAGUUUUGGCAGUGCCUCUCACUCUGAGGAGUUAAUCAUGCGAGUGUUAUGCCCUUUUGACAAGAUUGGUCGUGUAAUUGGCAAAGGAGGCGGUACUAUUAAAAGCAUAAGGCAGACUAGUGGGGCUCGUGUUGAGGUUGAUGAUACCAAGGCCGACCGUGAUGAGUGUAUCAUUACAGUGAUUGCGACAGAGUCGCCUGAUGAUUUGAAGUCCAUGGCAGUUGAAGCUGUUCUAUUGCUCCAAGGGAAGAUUAAUGAUGAAGAUGAUGAUACUGUAAGCAUUCGUUUCCUCGUUCCUUCUAAAGUUAUUGGGUGCAUUAUUGGGAAAAGUGGUUCGAUUGUAAAUGAAAUUCGAAAGAGAACCAAAGCUGAUGUACGCAUAUCAAAAGGCCAGAAACCUAAGUGUGCUGAUUCUAAUGAUGAACUUGUUGAGGUGUUGGGAGAAGUUGGUAGUGUGAGAGAUGCACUUGUCCAGAUUGUUUUGAGGCUUCGAGAUGAUGUAUUGAAAGAAAAAGACGGUAGUCAUAAUACUUCUGUUGGUGCUGAUUCUUUAUAUUCAGGUGGCGCUGCUAUUCCAGUACCAUCUCUCUUGCCUUCUGUUCCACCAGUUGCUCCACUGACAUAUGAUCAGAGGGCUGAAACUGGCAGUGGAUUAGGCCUGCUUUCAUCGAACAGCCUCUAUGGAUAUGGAUCUUUGUCGAUGGGAGAAAAUGGCUAUGGUUCAAUGUCCUCAUAUUCAUCAUCUAAGCUGUAUGGAGGGUUUCCUCCACCCUCAACCUUAGAGAUGUUGGUGCCUGCUAAUGCUGUUGGAAAAGUUAUGGGUAAAGGAGGGGCAAAUAUAGCCAACAUUCGAAAGAUAUCAGGAGCAAUGAUAGAGAUCUCUGAUGCCAAGUCUGCUAGGGGUGAUCGUAUUGCUCAUAUAUCCGGCACGCCAGAGCAGAAGCGUGCAGCAGAAAACUUGAUUCAGGCAUUUAUAAUGGCCACUUAAGUUUUGAGAAUACCUCUUGGUAUUUCAAGGUGAAUAGUUAAUAUCUUGGAAUUGUCUUCAUCAAAGUCGUCCUUAGUUUCUUUAGGUUUCCAUCUGGAGGGCUUCGUUUUCUAGGCUUCUACAACUGGAUCUCCUGUUUCUUGCGUAAUGCUGCUGAUCAAGAUCGUGUGGGAGAUUCACUGCUGAUUCAUCUUCAUGGGCAUAGGUUUCUGCCUUUGUAGCUUGAUCUAUUCCUCAAUCUGCAAAUCCUAGAACUUUUUAGGUUCUUUCAUUCCCCUCGUUUUGUUUUAUCUGGUCUUGUCAUGUAGGGCCCACCUUAUUUCCAUUAUUAUUUGUUCUCUAAUUUUAUAAUCACACCAGAAAGUGUUUCGGUGACCAUGUUGCCUAACUCUUAAUGAAUAUGUGUUGUUUUUUGAGCCA